CAGCUCCACAGCGCCGACAAGCCCUCUCUUCCCUCUCUCUUCCUCCUCACUGCCGCCUUACGUUUCGUGAGAGUCUGCUCUUGAUCCUUGCUACAUACAGACUAGCAACAAGAUGAAGACCACAGGUGUCAUCGCUCUAGUCUGUUUCGCCGUCGCCUUGUGCGAGGCAGCUCCUUCAGAAAUUUCUGCAGCAGAAGUCAGGGUGAAGCGCGACCACGGCGACGGCGGUGACGGCGGCUUCGAGUACGGCGGCUUCGGCGCGGCUUCGGGCCACCACGGCUUCGCCGGCGGCUUCGGCGGCGGCCACGGCGGCGGCCACGGCGGACACGGACACAGCAUCGGCGCCGGACUCGUCUCGAUCGCGCAGGGAGCCGUCGACGCGGCCAGGAACGCCGUCUCCAACCAGCACGAGGCGGCGGGGCAGGCCGCCUUCCAGGCCAAGAACCAGCUGGCGCAAAACGCCGCCGCCGCCGCCGCCACCGCGCAGGCCGCCCUCGCCGGCAAACAGGUGAUCGUGGCUAACCUGGAGCAGCAGACGCGCGACACGCACGCCCAGGUGGAGUCGGAGCUUCUGCAGCUGGAGCAGGCGCAGCGCGCCGCCACGGCCGCCUCCCAGGCCGCCGCCCAGGCGCAGCACCAGGUGCGCGCCGUCACCGCCGCCCUCAACGCCGCCCAGGCCGCGGCAGACCAGGCGCAGCGCGCUCAGCAGGAGGCACAGGGCGAGCUGGCCUCGCAGUCCAACAUGGUGGCGGCGGCGCGCACGCGCCUGGGCCAGGUGGAGGGCCAGUUGCGCGACGCGCGCGCCGACCUGGAGGCGACGCAGCAGGCGGCGCUGCACGCGGCGGCCGCGGCCCAGGCUGCGCAGGCGAACGCCAACAAGCACGCGCACGGCCUACACGCCGGCUUCCACGGCGACGGUGGCGCCGGCGCCGGCUUCGGCGGCGGCUACCACUACUAGCCGGCGCCGCUGCGCGAGGUCCUCACGCUGGCCGGCUUCUGCGCGCUCACCGCCGCCGCCUUCCUGCUCGUCUGGCUCCUGGUGCUCGGGACGCGCCUGCUCGCAGCGCGGGACGGCGGAGGAGCGGCCUCUGCAUAAGGAUCUGAAGAACUCAGAGCCCGUUGCCAGUAACUUCGUACCCUGUAACUUAUUUUAUUUCCGAAGCUUUCCGCUCUACAAUGCCUUACUGCUCGCUUACUGUCUUUCCACCUCUGUCUGCCUCUCAACUUGUGAGGGCCGUCGCGCGCAUACUGCUUCUGAUCGACUGUGAAGAAAGGCGAUUACGUUGAAACGUAUGUCGCAGUUUCUUACAGAUUAUUUUUAUACUAUUAAUUAUUAUCUUAUAUGUUUUUAUAUGUUUUGUAUCAACAACACAUUGAAGAAAGUGUAAACUUUUGUGAAUAAAAGUUAUACAUACGUUAAA